UGAACAUCUUUUUAUUUUUUUUCGUUACUUGUUGAUUUUCCCAUCAUGGCAGGUAAUCAUCCCAAAAAGUCGACAGAAAGAAAGGAUGCUACUUUGAAGCAGCAACAGCAGCAAGGACAGCAGCAGCAACAAGGACAGCAAGGUCAGAGAAAGAAUUCGUCUGGUGGAAAGAAAGAGAAUACAACAACAAAUAAGACACUAUUGAAUAAUCCAAAAGCACAAGCAGCAGGUGCGGCAAUAUUAUCAGCGGUGACUUCACCUCAAGCUGCUGGAUUAAUCCAACCUCAACAACAAUCGAUGGGAGCCAACGGAUUUAAUCGAGGUGAACUUGUCGAGUUUCUUAAUAUGCGCUUUUCGGAUGCAUUGACGGCUUAUCAUGAUACCAACUUAGACCCUUCGAUGAGACCUGAAAAAUAUGAGAGCGUGAGUAAGCCAGUAACGACGACAACGAAUGCUUGGGGAAAGAACAGUAACGGAGUUCCUUCUGCUUGGGGACAACAACCCAAGGAACGAGAACCUGGUGUCAUGGCCAAUGGUGUUGACUUUUUAACCGAGUUGAAUAAAAAAUAAAAACAGAUAUUAAU